CUUCUACACAGCGUUCAAUUUACUUGCAUAAUUAAGUGUGGUCUAACAAUUUGGUUUACUCUUACUGUCAAAGUCAUGCGGUGUUUUACAUAGUUACUGUUUGUUAAGUGAAUGUAAACCUUAAAGGAUAUUGAGCUUGAACUUUAUUUGUAUUUGAAUGCACCUGUGUUUUAGUUUUCAUGUAAACUUCUUGAGCUGAACAACUUUUAAAGGUAGCUAAAUGCCAGUAUUUUGUGGACUUGUUUAAAAGAAAAAUACUUAAACUAUUUAAACAAAUAGGUUUUACUUGAAACACAGAAUAAUAAAAUGGGCGUAGGUAAUUCUUCUACUUUUGCUGAACGUUCGUCGACGGUUGGACACUUUUGUUGCACAUCUUGUGAGGAACAUAAUCUUCAGAAUUUGGCGGUCAUUUAUUGUGAGGAAUGCUCAAGGUUUUUUUGUAAAAAAUGUAUCAAACCUCAUAAAAAAUUGUUUAUGAAACAUCGAACAUGUGGAAGGGGAGAUAUUAAGAAAUGGCCAGUUUCAAAGGAGGAUGCUUCUCUUUUACAUAAGGGAGGAGAUUUUCUUUCAAAUACAGAGGAUGAUUUUCUUUCGAAGGAGGAGGGAGAUUUUCUUUCAAAUACAGAGGAUGAUUUUCUUUCGAAGGAGGAGGGAGAUUUUCUUUCAAAUACAGAGGAUGAUUUUCUUUCGAAGGAGGAGGGAGAUUUUCUUUCAAAUAAAGAGGAUGAUUUUCUUUCGAAGGAGGAGGGGAAUUUUCUUUCAAAGGAGUUGGAGGAUUUUCUUUGGAAGUGUGACGAGCAUGUGGAUAAAAAACUGUCACAGUUUUGCCAUGACCACAGUCAGCUGUGCUGCUCUGAUUGUGUUGUAAAAAUUCACAGCCAGUGCAGUAAAGUGACCCCGAUUUCGGAGCUGACCAACUCCCAGCCCACAGACCUACAGGGACUGUCAGUGGAGCUGGAAACUGUCAUGGGGGGAAUCAAAAGCCUACAGAUAAAUCAGGAGGCCAGUGUUCAGUCAUUGCAGAGAACAUACAAGGAACAUGGGGCAGUCAUGAUAGAACAAUUGCAUGGCAAUUUAAAUACGAAUAUAGAUAAGUGUUGUAAUAGUUCUGUGGGUACAUCGGACAAAAAUUUAAAAGAAGAAAUGUGUUGGAGUGUUCUUUCUAUCUUGAAUGAAUUUGAUAGUAUUACUGUGAAGGAACUAAAUGAGAUAAAAGAUGAAGUUAUAAGCAUAAAAGGGUCAGUUACAAGUUCCAUUCAUAAAUGCACCAGUCUUCACAAUGACUUGUUACAACUACUUGAAAUCGUUCAGAAAAUUGGAGAUAAUAAGGAGCUCUGCCUUAUAGCCAGCAUAAAAUGUAAACAUAUCAUACAGCAGGCAUUGACUCUGCUUGGAAAGUCAGGCAAGGUGUUUAAGGUCCAGGGGAAGUCUGAGCACAAUGUGAGAGUACCAAGUGAUUCAGUUUCAUGUGCUAUCUCAGGCAUAUGUGUUCUUCCAGAUGGACAGGUCCUGGUUGUAGACUGGACAAAUAAUAAUGUCAAGCUGCUGAACCAGCAGUACCAGGUGGUGAGUCACUUGGAUGUGAAUGCUCAGCCAUUUGACAUUUGUUUGAUCACACCUAGUGAGGUUGCAGUGACUGUGAAUGCUAGCAACAUACAUGAGGUCCAGUUUAUCACUGUCAACCAGGGAAAGCUUGUUCCUGGCCGGAAGUUUCAGUUACAACAUGAAUGUAGAGGUAUUGACCAUCACCAAGGAGACCUUUUUGUCAUCUCUAGUAAAGAUCUCUACAAAUACACACUGAAUGGCAAACAGGUCUGCAGUCUCUAUAGGUCAUUUGAUGGUACAGUAGACCAGUGUGCUGUGAGUCCCACAGGAGACAGGCUGUACAUCAUCGGCCACUGGCAGCCCAAGCUCCUCACCCUGGCCAGGGAUGGCACACUCCUGGCUACAUACACAGACCCAGCACUAGAGCGCUCACUUGGUCUACAUGUGACCCCUGCAGGCCAGGUGCUGGUCUGUGGACACUGGCCCGACACUGUACUACAGGUGGGCUGGGAGGGAGAGAGUAAGCUGGCUAAUCUUGCUACUUGGGGAGAUGGAGUGUGGAACCCAUUUUCAGUCUGCUACUGCAGCACCACAUCAUCCAUCAUUGUGGGACAGUGGUGGGACAGCAUCCUGGUGUUCAGAGUGGAAUAGUGUGUACAUUUGCUGCUGGGUCGAGACAACGAUGUUGAGGAUGUGGGGGACAAGCAUGAAGCAGAAGGAGAGCACCAGCAGUGAUAUCAAGUUGGCCAACCAACAGCACCAGUCGGGCCUGCAGGAGCCCCAACACAAAACAAUCCUUUCCCUCCCCUGAUCCCUAGCUCCUCCCACUGGACCUCCGGCUUCAAAUGGUCAGCAUCGUUACACAAGUCUGUUCUGCAAUAAAUCCUCAGCACGUCAAGUUUUCACGCGCUGUUAUGAACAACCGAAAUGUCUGUGUCGAGAUUUCCCCAAGCAAGCCCGAGUAGUUUUGUUUAGCUCUAGUGCCCGAGUAGGAGGAGUGUUACAGAAGCGAGACGUUAUAGCAGCACUUAUGGUAACGCUAACAGUUAACGCUAACAGUUAGUUCUAGCUGUGGACAUCACGAAGAAUCUCACGAAGAAUGAAACGUUGAAUAGUUUGUUUAAUUCUUUAUAAGACAGCUAUAUAUUCAGCGAGGAACGGGAGCAAAUCAAGGAACAAUUGAGACGAUUCAUUCAGAAGAAUAUCUGCUGCAGAUAGUUAGGACAGUAGUAGCGUUACGGACUGUCCUCAGCGCACAAUAUAUUCAUGUGGUGCACCUCAGACGCAAAUUCCCCCCAUUAUUGAAAACAAGUUGCUAAAAGUAAACACGCCCAGUUUUGCAAUCUGAGCCCAAACGGCAUCGCAUUGAAUUGAGACUAAAGGAGGCUUAAAAACAUGACACCAGUUUUGUUGUAAGGUACGCCCUUCGACUCUCAACCCGAAGUUUAUCAGAACUCAAAUUUGGCCCUUAACAAUAUCUGCGAAGCCAGCAUAUCAGCUCAGCUUCUGAGCUUCAGCACCUGCUAAGCAUAGAAGACAAAGGAGUAGUGAAAGGCUCAGCCAAAUCAAAGUCCAGCGAUGUGAGGGUGAGACAGCCUUACCAUGUCCUCGUAUUGCAACAUGAAGGACAUUUUAGCUGAAACUAACAAGGGAGAGCAGAGCACCAGCAUUGAUAUCAAGUUGACCCAGCAACCGCACAAGUCCCGCCUGCAAGAGACCCAGUCCAGAACCACCUUUCCCCGCCCCUGACUUCUAACUCCUCCCCCUUGACCUCCUAACUCAAAAAGUCAGCAGCGUUGAACAACUCCGUUCUGCAGGAAAUUCUGAGCAUAAUUCUGUUCUGAACAAACGCAAUGCCCACGUCAAGUUGUCCACAUAUAAGCCUGGGUAGUUUUGUUAAGCUAGAGUUCCACGUGGGCCUGAAAGGGACGAGUGUUACAGACACGAAAAGUUAAAGAAAAAAAUAGCGGUAGUUAUGGUUACGCUAACAGUCGGUUGUUGCUGUUGGACAUCACAACAAAUAUCAUGAAGAAUAAAAAGUUCAAUAACUUGUUCCAAUCUUUAUGGGACAAACAGAAAUUGAACAGGAGAAAAUCAAGGAACAAUAAAAGCAUAAGCUUUCCUAUGGGAUACUUUGACUGCUGUUGAUAGUUUGUACAACAGUAGGGUUACGGACUGCCCCAGAUUGUCCUCUCAGCGGCCAAAAUAUCAUAAUAGAACAGACUUUUGGCAAUGUUACUAACAAAGAAAGGCAAUAAUGACUUGGUUGUGAAUACCCAGAGCACGAUACAUCCAUGCUGACAAAGAAAGGCGGUAAUGACUUGGUUGUGAAUACGCAGAGCGCGAUACAUCCAUGCUGACACAUAAAGGCAGUAAUGACUUGGUUGUGAACACCCAGAGCACGAUACAUCCGUGCUGACACAGAAAGGCAGUAAUGACUUGGUUGUGAACACCCAGAGCACAAUACAUCCAUGCUGACACAGAAAGGAAGUAAUGACUUGGUUGUGAACACCCAGAUCAAGAUAUAUCCAUGCUGACACAGAAAGGCAGUAAUAACUAUGCUGUGAACACCCAGAGCAAGAUAUAUCCAUGCUGACACAGAAAGGCAGUAAUGACUAUGCUGUGAACACCCACAGCACAAUACAUCAAUGCUGACGCAGAAAGGCAGUAAUGACUUGGUUGUGAACACCCAGAGCAAGAUAUAUCUAUGCUGACACAGAAAGGAAGUAAGGACUAUGCUGUGAACACCCAGAGCAAGAUAUAUCCAUGCUGACACAGAAAGGCAGUAAUGACUAUGCUGUGAACACCCACAGCACAAUACAUCAAUGCUGACGCAGAAAGGCAGUAAUGACUUGGUUGUGAACACCCAGAGCAAGAUAUAUCUAUGCUGACACAGAAAGGAAGUAAGGACUAUGCUGUGAACACCCAGAGCAAGAUAUAUCCAUGCUGACACAGAAAGUUUGUAAUGACUAUGCUGUGAACACCCGGAGCACAAUACAUCCAUGCUGACACAGAAAGGCAGUAAUGACUUGGUUGUGAACACCCAGAGCACAAUACAUCCAUGCUGACACAGUAAGGCAGUAAUGACUUGGCUGUGAACACAGAACACAAUACACCCAUGCUGACACAAAAAGGCAGUAAUGACUUGGCUGUGAAAACAGAGCACAAUACAUUCAUGCUGAAACAGAAAGGCAGUCAUGACUAUGCUGUGAACACCCAGAGAACGAUAUAUUGAUGCUGACGCAGAAAAACAGUAAUGAUUAUGCUGUGAACACCCAGAGCAAGAUAUAUCCAUGCUGACACAGAAAGGCAUUAAUGACUAUGCAGUGAACACCCAGAGCAAGAUAUAUCCAUGCUGACACAGAAAGGCAGUAAUGACUAUGCUGUGAACAACCAGACCACAAAACAUCCAUGCUGACACAGAAAGGCAGUAAUGACUUGGUUGUGAACACCCAGAGCAAGAUAUAUCCAUGCUGACACAGAAAGGCAGUAAUGAUUGGCUGUGAACACAGAACACGAUACACCCAUGCUGACACAGAAAGGCAGUGAUGACUUGGCUGUGAACACAGAACACGAUACACCCAUGCUGACACAGAAAGGCAGUAAUGACUUGGCUGUGAACACAGAACACAAUACACCCAUGCUGACACAAAAAGGCAGUAAUGACUUGGCUGUGAAAACAGAGCACAAUACAUUCAUGCUGAAACAGAAAGGCAGUCAUGACUAUGCUGUGAACACCCAGAGAACGAUAUAUUGAUGCUGACGCAGAAAAGCUGUAAUGAUUAUGCUGUGAACACCCAGAGCAAGAUAUAUCCAUGCUGACACAGAAAGGCAUUAAUGACUAUGCAGUUAACACCCAGAGCAAGAUAUAUCCAUGCUGACACAGAAAGGCAGUAAUGACUAUGCUGUGAACAACCAGACCACAAAACAUCCAUGCUGACACAGAAAGGCAGUAAUGACUUGGUUGUGAACACCCAGAGCAAGAUAUAUCCAUGCUGACACAGAAAGGCAGUAAUGAUUGGCUGUGAACACAGAACACGAUACACCCAUGCUGAAACAGAAAGGCAGUGAUGACUUGGCUGUGAACACAAUACACGAUACACCCAUGCUGACACAGAAAGGCAGUAAUGACUUGGCUGUGAACACAGAACACAAUACAUCCAUGCUGACACAGAAAGGCAGUAAUGACUUGGCUGUGAACACAGACCACAAUACAUCCAUGCUGACACAGAAAGGCAGUUAUGACUUGGUUGUGAACACAGAGCACAAUACAUCCUUGUUGACACAGAAAGGUAGUUAUGACUUUGCUGUGAACUCAGAGCACGAUACAUCCAUGCUGACACAGAAAGGCAGUUAUGACUUGGAUGUAAAUACCCAGAGCACAAUACAUCCAUGCUGACACAGAAAGGCAGUAAAGACUUUGUUGUAAACACUAAGAGAUCCAUAUAUCCAUGGGGUUUUCCACAGACGCAAUUUACGCCCACUAUUGUGAACAAGGUGCUUAAAGUGAACAUGUUUGGUUUUGUUAUGAGCACUUAGCACUCCGAGCCCAAAAGGCCUCGCAUUGAUUUGAUGCAAGAAAAGGCUUUGAAAAAUAACAGCAGUUUUGUUGUGUGGUCCAGUACGCCCUUUGACUUGCAACCUGAAUAAAGCAGAACUCAAACUCGGCUCUUAGCAAUAUCAGCAAGAUCAGCAUGUCAUCUUAGCUUCUUGAGCACAGUGAACUUUACUAGCAAACAUGACAAACGUCAUUGAAAUGAAAGUCGAAGACAACCCCCUUCUUGCACAAAUACUACAACUUGCUUAAGAAAAUCAGCAUGAAGACGUCUUGCGUCAGACUACCAAGCCUCCUAUCAAUAUAUCCUCCCAUGCUGGCUACAUCAACACUUCCAACAGCAGAGCCUUGAGCCGGUUCCUACAGGACCCGAUGCACUGAUUAUGCACAUGUGACUCUUGUACGCAGCUGAAUAAAAGGCUCUCUGGUCAGCUGGACCCGGACGCCAAGGGACACUUCCUGCCCAAGUACCGUGAGGCAAAUGCUCAAUGAGUUCUACCCGAAGUGUGCAGCGUCUCUAGACCUGUGGCUCCAGACUGUCUUACCCAGGGGCCAAGAUUACUUUAUCUGCAAGAGGCCUCAUACUCACAGGUUCCCCAACUACAACUCAGCCACAACAUCCUAAUCGGAAAGUCCUGUUGCCAUGGCAAAACGGGACAACUUGUCAAUCAACAUGGAACAGUACCCAGAAAAUUAUGACCAUCUAAUGAACUGUGUAACUGCGCCAAGCGUGACCCUUCAGGAAAGGGGCUUCCAUGCAAAGGUCAAAUUGUGGCCGUUGUUCAGUGUCAAGCGGAAUCCUAGCAACCAAGCCACGUCAGCACAGCAGCAAAAACAGUUUCAGCAGCAGUCGUAUACUAAACAUCAACAACAGUGGUGCAUAUGCAUUAAACUACGAGAGUAAACAAGUUGACUGCGUAAUGUGGCAUCAAAGUCUGCAAGGAGAAACCAUGCAAUUGAGGAAGCCAAGAAACCAUGUGAUAAUUUCAAGCAGCUUACCUACUCUUGAAACCCGGAUAGCAAAGCAUUGAGUUUGUUCUGGAAGCAUUUGUAGUCACAGCUCAUUAAGCAUCCCCCUGAAGCAGGACCCUCAGUCUAGGGACGCCAAUUGAUGAAAUAAAACUUGUCAUUCAGCAACACAGCCAGUUGCAGCAGUUGUUACCAUAUUGACCCCAGUCAAAACUAGGAGCUCAGAGAUAACACAGCCAGUUGCAGCAGUUGUUACCGUAUGGACCCCAGUCAAAACAAGGAGCUCAGAGAUAAAUACCGUUUAAGAUAGAUAUUCUCUACAUUCCUCAUGGUCAGGCAACACAGCCAGUUGCAGCAGUUGUUACCGUAUUGACCCCAGUCAAAACUAGGAGCUCAGAGACAAUCAGCAACACAGCCAGUUGCAGCAGUUGUUACCAUAUUGACCCCAGUCAAAACUAGGAGCUCAGAGAUAAAUACUGUUUAAGAUAGAUAUUCUCUACAUUCCUCAUGGUCAGGCAACACAGCCAGUUGCAGCAGUUGUUACUGUAUUGACCCCAGUCAAAACUAAGAGCUCAGAGACAAUCAGCAACACAGCCAGUUGCAGCAGUUGUUACCAUAUUGACCCCAGUCAAAACUAAGAGCUCAGAGACAAUCAGCAACACAGCCAGUUGCAGCAGUUGUUACCGUAUGACCCCAGUCAAAACUAGGAGCACAGAGACAAUCAGCAACACAGCCAGUUGCAGCAGUUGUUACCAAAUUGACCCCAGUCAAAACUAGGAGCUCAGAGACUGUUGUUACCGUAUGACCCCAGUCAAAACUAAGAGCUCAGAGACAAUCAGCAACACAGUCAGUUGCAGCAGUUGUUACCAUAUUGACCCCAGUCAAAACUAGGAGCUCAGAGACAAUCAGCAACACAGCCAGUUGAAGCAGUUGUUACCAUAUUGACCACAGUCAAAACUAGGAGCACAGAGACUGUUGUUACCAUAUUGACCCCAGUCAAAACUAAGAGCUCAGAGACAAUCAGCAACACAGCGAGUUGCAGCAGUUGUUACCGUAUGACCCCAGUCAAAACUAGGAGCUCAGAGACAAUCAGCAACACAGCCAGUUGCAGCAGUUGUUACCAUAUUGACCCUAGUCAAAACUAGGAGCUCAGAGACAAUCAGCAACACAGCCAGUUGCAGCAGUUGUUACCGUAUUGACCCCAGUCAAAACUAAGAGCUCAGAGACAAUCAGCAACACAGCCAGUUGCAGCAGUUGUUACCAUAUUGACCCCAGUCAAAACUAGGAGCUCAGAGACAAUCAGCAACACAGCCAGUUGCAGCAGUUGUUACCAUAUUGACCCCAGUCAAAACUAGGAGCUCAGAGAUAAAUACUGUUUAAGAUAGAUAUUCUCUACAUUCCUCAUGGUAUGUUAAGCACAAACUCUGACAGAUCUCAUCUUUGAACUUUGUAACGGGCGAAAAAUAAAUGACCUUGUUCAGAAUGAAAUGGCAGAAUGACAAAGCACAACAAUUUAAGGGGAAACCAUAAAUUAAUGUGACCAGCAAAGAUGUGUUCAAAGCAAAACAAUAUGUCAUGUCUUUGGGGACUUUGAAAUAUGAUGGUGUCAUUCAUUAAACAUUGAAUAUUUUUGUUAAAUAUAGUUAAAUAUAAUGAUAUAAAGGAUAUUUGAUUAAGGCGUGUAUAUUAAUUAUUACUUUAAGCACAAAUAUAGCACGUCUAUCAAUUACUUAUGAAACUUGCACCUGAUAAUGAUAAAUGCAUGAAAAUUAAAUUGUACUUAAGACAUUAUUUCAUACGUUGAGCUUAAGAAAAUUGAAAGCUGUUUAAAUAAUGCUGGUAACAUUAUAUACAAAAUAUGUAUUGGAUUAUAUUCAUGUAAAAAACAAGUUUCAGUUUUCUGUUGUUACAUGCAAUAUAGAAGUAUUAUCAAGAAUCGUGUUAAGUAUGGCACUAUUCGAAAUGAAUAUUCAUUAAAUAAAGACAAAAUCAUUUAAUCUUCUUUCAAUUGUCAAUUCUGUAUGUACUACUACUACCUUAUUUAUUUGACUUGAUAUGGUUUGUUAAAUUAUAAGAUAAUGCCUCUUUAUUUGGAAAGCUUUCAAUGUUUUGAAACUGAGUAUUUAAAAAUGAAUUAUUAAAAGAAUUAUGAAAAAUCAUGACUGAUGUCAAAGUUAUGUUUGAUUUUGCCAAUUUUGUGUUGAUAUUUAAUAUACAUGUACUUACAUGCUCAUAAGUGUUGACAUUUGUUUUUGAACAUAAUAGUUUUUUAUGUUUUAUAUUGUGUAUAUACACAUUUACAAGUCCAAAUUUUCAUCCUCUCAAUCACUCAGUAACUUUACCAACAAUAAAUGUUGGAUCUCUGUAUAUAGGUAAAUUGUGCAAUUGAUAUAUAGAGCAACUGCAACAAAUCAGUCAGUUACAAAUCAAGGCAGAGUGAUGUAAUAUGCUGGCAAUUGUUAAGUAGUGCAGUUGUCUCUUUUUGUUCUCAGGUUAGAGCAAUGUUGUUUGCUUCAAAAAUAAAAACACAGUCUCCCUUGUAAGAAAAUUAAUGUGUUCACAUCUCAACAUAACAAGUAAAUUCAUAGAGAAAAUCAAAUUAUUUACAUGAUAUACUCGACAAUUAGUCUAAUGGAAUUUGUAGAAUAAAAAAUAACAUGUAAUUAUGACGAUUAUAAGUGAAUGUUUGACACAAAAUGUCUCUUCAGAAAUGUGUAUAUUUUAAUGAUAAAUCUAUACAUUGUACUUGCUGUACUUUUUAUAGUAUAUUUUAUGAACGUGCAGCUGAUAAGUGAAUGUGACAAUUUACGAGUUAUAUUACAAUUUGUUUCACGUUGACAUGGCCACAUAAGCUGUUAAUGGAGUGCAUUCACUGCGGCCAGUUUCCAGAAAUCUCCCAAUUAAAAAACAACAGAAAAUAUCUUAAGAUCAGAUAGUUUGGUUGUUGACAUUAGUUUUGAUUUAUUUAUUGAUUGUGUUAUGCCUUGUACUCUUAAUUUGUUAUCAAAUAUUUAAGUUUAUAUGACUUGAAGAGACUUACAUGUUUAUUUUAUUGAUGUGUUUGUGCUGAUUUCUUGCAUUCUGAUUAAAGAAUAUUCAAGUGGAAAAAGAAUAUUAUUAUGCAUUAAAAGUGUGUUGUGAUUUCAAAUAAAAAUACUAUGAAAAUAUAGUUCAGUCGUUUGAUUACAAAGUUAUUACAAAGGUGAUCAAUUGCUCAUCAAGUGUAGGUGUUUGCAUACGGACAUAAUAUGUCUGUGCUUUAUAUGUAUAUAAUGUAGAUCCCCAUUUACCAGAACAUAUUUUAAUGUGCUUAAAUGUGCUAAUAGCCUGAUGAAAUUCGUGUUGACUAUGCGUUUUACAUUUUGCCAUGUUUAUUUAAAAAAUGAAAAACAAAUGAAUUGUCAGUGUAAAUAAAUACUGUAUUGUUGUUCAAUCAGUUAAACUAUUUCACUGUUUUCAUGCAUAUGUUCAAAUCAUUUUCAUUUUUGUUCAAUCUUUAAGAUGCAACGCUUGUGUAAUUUACUUUAUGAAACUUAUAUAUACACAAAAAUGUAGUACAGAUGUAUAUCAAAUGACUGCUGUGGGCUUGUGGUAAACAGAAAACCAUGCUUUAAAUUGAAAAACCUUGUUAUAUGCCAUGUUUUUCAUUUAAUAAUAUUAAAAGCACUCUUGAAAUUGAACUUCUUGAAAAUAUGUUUCAUUGUUUUGUAAAAAUAUCUUAAGUUAUCUAUUCUAAAUUAUCUAUUCUUAUAUAAGAAAUACAAAUUAAAAUUGGUUAUUGGAAAUAAGUCAAUUAAAAGUCAAGGGAUAAUGAUGUAAUGUACUUAAAAAUGUCAAAACUGCUAUUGUCUCUAUUUGUAUUCUAGAUAUGUUAUAUCCUUAAACAAACAAAUACAAUGUUGUCUCCUUGUUGAA